AUUAUUUAUGUCCGUGUUUAUGACAGAUAUCUUUUUAAAAUAUCUAUAAAAUUGAAAAUGAAAGUUGCAGGGUAUAGUAGGCAACCUCUGAACUACUUAUACUGUGCUAUUUCUUUCACUACACACUGAGUUACUAGUGAGCAGACACAUGAGUCUAACUUUAGCCUGAAACCAUUUAUUAACAAGGAAAACAUAAUUAACAUUUGGAAGAUACGUAGCAGGGGUAGGCCGAGAAGGCUGCAUUCAUGGAACAAUUACUCAAAGCGUAAAACAAGAAUCUUACAUUUACCCUGGAAUCGCCACCUGUCCCACAAAAUAAUACACACUUACUGACACUGGAGGGCGCUGUGAGCCCAAAACUGCGUUGUGGCUGUGCCUGCACACAGAACUCCACCAUAUCCAGUAAACUCGUAAAGUCUGGAGCUGCCACUGGCUGGUGUUCAUUGUGCUGGUGGUGCGCAGAGUAGAAAACACUCGGAAGCGUAGAAAUAGUUUCUCGCUCGUUCUGGAGAGAUGUUACAAAAUACUGCUGGGUCGUAAGGACGAGAAAGAUGUUUCAGAGGUAGUACAUCUUCAACUUUUGGCUUUUAUCUUUUGAGGACAAGUAGAGUACCAAUCUUCCCCCUCCGUGUUAAAUAAGCAAUGAAGAAGAUGAUGAUCGAGGCCUCUUGUAGGAAAGGUCUUCAGGUGUGUUUACUCCUACUGAUGGUGGGAAGACUGCAGGGCAGGGUAAAAGCACCAGAGCGUCUGGAAGCUCCCGUGGGGAAGCCCUUCAAUCUGACUUGCAGUGUUUCGAGGGAACAAGGUGAGUCUCUGAGGCAGGUGCGUUGGUUGGAUGUCCAGAACCAGACCCUGCUGAGCUACCAGCCCGGCCUCAGAGACAGUGUGAGUGGACAGCAGCAUGUGGAGCUCGCCUCCUCCCCAAAAGACACCUCGGUCAUCACCAUCCGCAGGGUGGGUUUCCGUGACGAAGGCUGCUACACCUGCAUCUUUGACAUGCAUCCUUCCGGUUCAAAGCAGGGACAGACCUGCCUCACUGUUACCUCGCAAGUCACCGUUGACAGCAACAAGACAGCAGUGAGCGGCAAGAAGGCCUCCCUCUCGUGCUCCUAUGGUUUGCCUGAAAAGGUGCAGCAGAUCAUAUGGAGACACACGUCUGCGCAAGGAGACUCCAUAGAGGUGGCCUCCUUUGCAAAGAAGAGCGACCCCAUGAUAGAGCCACCGUAUCAGGGGAGAGUCUGGCUAAGUGCCUCCAUGUCCGACAGUCAGCUCACCAUCCAGCCUGUCACUAUCCAGGAUGAGGGCUGCUACACCUGCCUGUAUACCACACAUCCCGACGGGCCAAAGAGCUCCACAGUUUGCCUCGCCACCUUUGUGCUGCCCAAACCGCAGGUGAGCUACAAGACCACCUCUCCAGGUGUGAUCGAAGCCAACUGUACCUCAGUGUCCCGCCCCCCAGCAGAGAUAGUGUGGAAUGUGGAGAGGGAUAACCGCACCAUGGGCCCCCCUGUGACGACCCAGCUCCCGCAGAGUGACGGGACCACUCUUGUCAUCAGUACACUGACUGUCAAGUCAGGGCUGCUGAAAGAUGUGUCCAUCAAAUGCUUGGUGCAUCACAAAGGGCUUGAGUCACCAAUUGCGGUAUCUAUGAACACUAAAAUUGGGACGGCUCUCACCAUCCUGAUCUCAGUCACUACAGUGGCAGCCCUCUUGGUCAUGUCCCUCUGUUUCUGCCUUUGGAAGUGUUUCUUGCGGAAAGAAGCCGAUUAAUCUUUUAGAUGAGACCAAUGAGACCAGAGGCUGAAAAGAAGAGGCAGUGCUUCCCAGAGGCCAACCUUGCAGAAAUGUUUCCCUGCAUCAUCAUCAUCAUCAUCAUCAUCAUCAUCAUCAUCAUCCCCAUCAAGGGAAAAUGCUCUGACACACCUCUACAGGAUGUCAAAUACAAUCCUAUGAGCGCCAACUGUGCGACAUUCAUCUCUGCUCUUCUGCCUCUUACCAGACUCUUAUAUAAUCUCCAGGCUGUCCUCACAUGAAGUCAAUGAGAAAAUGCUGAGUGCAUGAUUUUUUCCUCUCUGGCUCUGUAAUUGAUUGAGGCGAUGGCUACACAUUCCACAGCCCACAACAGAGUCACUUAAAAUACUUCACUCUGGUUGUUCUCGUCAUUUACCAGGUCAUUUAAGUAUAAGUCUGGUGAUUUAUUAUUUUUCUUAUACAGCAAAUCCCAUGAAAAGCCUAAAGCUUUAUUCAGACUGCAGGCAAAUCAGACAGACUGUCUGCACAGUUAUUUGUGAGUGACCAGAUCAGAUUUGUGUGUCCAGACAUUACCAACCAAUCUGCAUGGCUUGCUGUGGUAAAGAUGUGGGCAUCAGUAACUACGUACGGAGGUAAGGUGGCUUUUUAAUGUGGAAGCAUGAGAAAUGGAGAUUAUCACUCCUUCGUCGCUGAGUUUGUCUGGUGCGAUGGAGAAGUCUUGCAAUGUGACUUGAAAGAACAAAGAAUGGAUUUUAUGCUCUUCCGUGGCUUUGGAUUUCAUGUCGUCGUUGCGUGUCACAGUGCAUGUCGCGUUGCAAGUGGUGCAAAUGACAUUUUGAAAUUCGAUUUGAGUGGCCAGAGCAUCCAGACUGAGACACAUCUAUAGAAAUUAUAUUGGAAUCACAUUUCAAACCACCUCUAAAUGUGGCUUGUAUCCAAUUUGGUUUUUUUGCUGUCCAUACUUCAGAUGAAUCUGGAUAUGCCAAAAAAAAAUUAUUUGGGCUAGCAGUCUGAACAAGGUCUAAAACUAACAAUUUAUUCUACUUAAAACUGUCUGUGUAGCCAAAACUAUCCAAUUGUCCAAUAAUGAUUAAAAACAAAUUAACAAGCCACAUGAUGCACAUGAGUAUCUACCAGAGCAAAUGAACCAUGUGCUCACAGAUUUGUCCGGUUCCCAGGCUAAUGCCCAGCUGUUUUAGAAAAUGAUUUAACUUCUUAUUCUCAGUAAGUUCCCUGACUGAACUAGUAAUGUUUACAUGGGAGUAUAGAAUAUCGCCAGACUUGUCCUUUAAAUAAGCUAAUUGGCACUAUGAACUCACCAUUAAGUUUUUACUUCUUUUACCUCAGUCAAAGGCCUCAGUCACUUCUGUGUGUUGUCAAACCUGGGUGGGGUUACGGAUUUUCUGUAUUAGUUCAACUAAGAGGGCUACAAGCGUAUCUAUCGUUUGUGUAAUAUCUAUUGCAAACUUUUUUUUACAUGUUGGAAGUCUGUUUGUGUGUGUCGUGAGAGAGAAUGUGUGCAUAUUUUCAGAGGUUAGAUGGCUUGAAUCAAUUCCCUGAAGAAGCAACGAUGAAACCUUUUUGGUGCCCCCGAAAGGAAUGCGUGUCAUGUUGCCUGUCUACAGUCAGACAGAGUCAGGCCAGUUCAUGUGUGUGAUGAUGUGAGUGUUUAGGUUGGACUGUUGGGUGGCUUGGUGGUUUGAUAAUGGUUAAAUUACCUAAAGAGCCAAUGUGCUGCUGUGAUUGUUCUUGAACCUCUUGUUUUUUUUGUUCGUUGCUUUGGAUCAAAGUGGCACCAGAAUGCCUAAAAUAUGUGUUAUGAGGCUUUUGGAAUAUAUCAUGUUUGCAUGUGUACAGCGGUAUUUAAAAAAAUAAGCUUUACGCUGAAAUAAUCUUCUGUAUCAAAGCAUAUGAUUUGAAUUUGAGUCAGUUAUCAACUGAAUAACAUGCAAGUUAUCAGACUUCAAGCUUUGUGCUUCAAUCGGGCACAUCACAUUCCUCACAAUUAAAAAGAGUUUAGGCAGCAUUCCCCUGUCUGUAUAGUUUCACUAUAUGCACAUUAACUAAUCCUGAAACGUGUUUUUUGAAACAUUUUUUAAAUAAAUGGAAAUGUUGCAUAGCAUCCAAACCUGUACAGAGCAACUGUUGGCCCGUAACAGAAGAAGAAAAUAUGAAACGAUGCAUUAUGACCAUGUAAAAUUGAUGUAAUAAAUGGAGCAAACAGAAUAAUAAAAAUAUUAAAAAUG